CGGCACGGCACGGCUCGGCUCGGCUCCGCUCUCCCGCCAUGGCAUCCAAGUGCCCCAAGUGCGACAAGACCGUGUACUUCGCCGAGAAGGUCUCUUCCCUGGGCAAGGACUGGCACAAGUUCUGCCUCAAGUGUGAGCGCUGCAACAAGACCCUGACCCCGGGCGGGCACGCCGAGCACGAUGGGAAGCCCUUCUGCCACAAGCCCUGUUAUGCCACACUGUUUGGCCCCAAAGGGGUGAACAUCGGCGGGGCCGGCUCCUACAUCUACGACAAGCCGCAGAUCGAGGGGCAGACUGCCCCGGGGCCCAUCGAGCACCCCGUGAAGGUGGAGGAGAGGAAGGUGAACGCUGCUCCUCCCAAGGGACCCAGCAAAGCCUCCAGUGUCACCACCUUCACCGGGGAGCCCAACAUGUGCCCGCGCUGCGGCCAGAGGGUCUACUUUGCUGAGAAGGUGACUUCCCUGGGGAAGGACUGGCACCGUCCCUGCCUACGCUGUGAGCGCUGCAGCAAGACGCUGACCCCGGGGGGACACGCCGAGCACGAUGGACAGCCCUACUGCCACAAGCCCUGCUAUGGGAUCCUCUUUGGGCCAAAGGGUGUCAACACCGGAGCUGUGGGGAGCUACAUCUACGACAAAGACCCUGAGGCAAAGAACCAGCCCUAGGCAGCAUCCCUGCCCUGCUGCACGCUCUGUGCCCCUCCUGUACUAACCUGCUGCUCCCAGAGCCUCUCCAGGCUGCCCACGGAGCUGUGCCCUCUCUGCUGUCCCUACUCCUGGCAGGACAGCCCUGCCCUGGUUAUUAUCAUGUCUCUAAUAUAAGCUUCAGUGUUUUAAGGCUAAGGUA